AGCGCCGGUCGACCCGCCCGUGGAACCGCCACCCAUGGAGGAGCCGCCGGUGGAGCCACCACCGGUUGAGGAGCCACCACCUGCCGAGGAUCCUCCGACGCCGGUCCACCCGCCCGUGGAACCGCCACCCAUGGAGGAGCCACCGAUGGACCCACCACCAGUUGAGGAGCCACCACCCGCCAAGGAUCCUCCGGCAGCGGUCGACCCGCCCGUGGAACCGCCGCCCAUGGAGGAGCCAUCCGUGGAGCCACCACCGGUUGAGGAGCUACCACCAGCGCAGGAGCCACAACCCGCGGCCCCAACACCAGUUCAGGAGCCACCUAGUGCACCAGCAGAGGCAAAGCCAUCUGAUGGUAGCGACCAAUCGGAUGGUAGCACUGAUGGUGAGGACAACGGCGAGGGGGGUGGCCGCAAGGGUAAGCGACGCAGUGGCGGGAAAGGACGACGGAGGCGCAGGCGGCGUGGUAGGUUCCCGUUCGGCAUGGUGGUUGCUCCUGCUGUGAUCUUGCUCGCUCUCGCAGUGCUCGCGGCCAAGAGACGGCGGCAACAGGGCGGGGGUUGAGAAUUGGUGUGGCUCGGCUCGUGCCACUGUGUAACACGCGUUGUAUACUUGUAUGUAUAGAAUUGAUUUUGUUUUGAUUUUUCUUGUCACGGAAUUCUUUUUUCCUUUUGCCAUGAUACAAGGAAAUUUGGGAGAGGAUUUGUAGUAGGGGGCUUCUAGUUGAACGGGGGCGGAGCCAAGAUUUAGGCAUGAGGGGGAUGAACAAGAAUAUUGAUUGCACGGAAUACAAACAUCACAU